CAAGACGUCCUUUUUUGUAUACAUGAUAUAUCCGGGCACUCCACUCCAGUUGAGUUUGCUGUCCAUAUAUAAGAGCAUAGAGGAUACGUUUUUUCUAUUAUAAUCUAAUGCUAGUCAUUGCUGAGCAUCUAGCCGAAAUCAAAUUGAGUUAUACGAAACAAGAUGUCUGCGAUCUUCAAGAAGGCUAAUACGGCCGUCAUUACGGGCGGCGCGUCGGGAAUCGGCCUCGCGCUGGCGCAGAAGUGUAUCGGCUACGGCAUGAGAGUCCUCGUUGCGGAUUGGGACGCCCAGGCCCUGGGGAAAGCUGGCGAGACGCUCGGGAGCGCCGCGAGUACCGUCCGUAUGGACGUGAGUAAACUGGAGGACUGGAGCGGGCUUAAGGAUAGGGUUACGAAGGAGUUUGGAGGCCAAAUCAACCUCCUAGCACUCAACGCCGGGGUCAGCGCCAAAACGGCCUUCGACGGCGAGGGCGCGGACCCAGCGGCUUUCCAGAGGAUUCUCAACGUCAAUUUUUUAGGCGUCGUCAACGGCAUCUUGACUCUCCUUCCGCUUGUCAAGGAAAAAGCCACCGCCACUACCACCUCGGACUACAAAGCCGCAAUCGUCAUCACGGGCUCUAAGCAAGGCAUUACCAACCCGCCCGGCAACCCGGCGUACAACGCCAGCAAAGCAGCCGUCAAGUCGGUCGCCGAGCAGCUGAGCUUCGACCUGCGCGGGCUGUCUAACGUAAACACGCACCUGCUCGUGCCGGGGUGGACCUGGACGGCGCUAGCGGGGGCGGGGAGCGGGCGCGAGAAGCCGGAGGGGCCGUGGACGCCGGGGCAGGUGGUGGAUUACUUGGAGGCGAAGAUGGGGGAGGGGAGGUUCUGGGUGGUGUGUCCGGAUAACGACGUGGACGAGGAGACGGAUAGGAGGCGGAUGGUGUGGGCGGCGGGGGAUGCGGUGGAGGGGAGGCCGCCGUUGAGUCGGUGGCGGGAGGAGUAUAAGGGGGAGUUUGGGGAGUGGAUGGGGAGGAAAUGA